UGAUCUCCAAUAAAUGGGAGUUACGCUUAACUUUCACUUUCAGUUUUUCAAAUGGGAUGAGACAGCAGCCAUUUGUGUCGAUCGCUUCCAUAUAAACAACUUCACUGUCAGUGUUGAGGAAAUCGCAACAGUGGCGUUUUAAGCCUAUUUGUCGGCGUCUGUUCCUCGGGCUCGGGCACGAAUUCCGGUUUAUCGCGGCGAAAAGGGAUGAAGUCUGUUCUGUGGCUUCUCGUGACGGCCGCGCUCGCGCUGCAGCAGGCCGGCUGUGUGCGCAGGACAUAUUACAUCGCUAUAAGAGAAGAAGACUGGGACUAUUCACCAAACAAAACCAAUCUGAUCACAGACACAAGCAUUGAACAAGACGAACACGCAUCUGUUUUUCUCUCUCAGAGCCCUACUCGAAUAGGAAGUGUUUACAGAAAAGCCGUGUACAGAGAGUACACAGAUGACUCAUAUAGCAUAGAGAUCCCUAAACCUGACUGGCUUGGCUUCCUUGGACCCAUCUUACGGGCUGAGGUUGAUGAUGUCAUGGAGGUCCAUCUGAAGAACUUUGCAAGCAGGCCUUAUUCCCUCCAUCCUCAUGGAGUGUUUUAUGAGAAGGAUUCGGAGGGUGCUCUUUAUCCAGAUGGCACCUCUGGCCACUUUAAGAGUGAUGAUGCAGUGCCUACUAAUAAAAACUACACAUACACCUGGACAGUCAAACCAGAGUAUUCUCCCACUGAAGCCGAUGCCAGCUGUCUCACCUGGAUUUACCAUUCCCAUGGUGAUGCACCAAAAGACAUUGCAUCAGGACUUAUAGGAGCUCUGCUUACCUGCAAGAAAGGUGUUUUGGAUUCUACUACACAUAAGCGCUCUGAUGUGGAUGACGACUUUAUUUUGAUGUUCAGUGUGGUGGAUGAGAAUUUAAGUUGGUACCUCAAAGACAAUGUUGAACGAUUCUGCUCGGACCCAGAUCUAACAAAAGAAUUCAUAUCUAAUGGGGAUACGGAUUUCACAGAGUCCAACCUCAUGCACUCAAUAAACGGCUAUGUUUAUGGCAAUCUGCCCCCACCAAAAGUUUGUGUGGGACGCCCUGUGUCUUGGCAUCUCUUUGGCAUUGGCAACGAGGUGGACAUUCAUUCGGCUUACUUCCACGGGCACACCCUCCUGGAUCGCGGGCACCGCACCGAUGUCCUCAGUCUGUUUCCUGCCACUUUUGUCACCGCCACAAUGAUCCCGAGGACGAAAGGAAAAUGGUUGUUAAGUUGCCAAGUCAACGAUCACGUACGAGCUGGUAUGCAGGGUUACUAUGAAGUCUCGUCAUGUGGCUCUCAAGCCUCUCCAACAGAAGCUCUUGGAAAUGAGAGGCAUUUUUACAUUGCUGUUGAGGAGGAGGAUUGGGACUAUGCCCCUUCACAGAUGAACUUUAUGAACAAUGAAUCCCUUACUGAACCAAACAGUGACUCUGAAGACUUCUUCAGUCGUGACGGUGGUAAACUGGGUGGAAAAUAUCUAAAAGCCCGUUAUUUUGGAUACAGCGAUGAAACAUUUACUACUAAGACAGUACGAAGGAGCUCAGCUGUGGGCUCAGAUGUGCAUCUUGGUAUUCUAGGUCCUGUCAUCAAAGCCGAAACUGGUGAUGUCAUCAUUGUAACGUUCUUGAAUAAAGCUAGACGACCCUACAGCAUCCAACCACAUGGUGUGCACUACGACAAAGCCUAUGAGGGAGCUAUGUACCAGGAUGGUACUCAUAAAGCUGGAGCAUCCGUGGCUCCGGGUGAGAGGUUCACCUAUCAUUGGAGACUAACAGAAGGACCCUCUGACAGUGAUCCUCCAUGUAUUUCAUAUCUGUAUUAUUCUUCUGUUGAUCCGGUUCGUGACACAAACUCCGGCCUGAUCGGGCCAAUACAAGUGUGCAAAAAAGGUGUUUUGGAUCAGAGCGGCCAUCAGCAUGCUGACAAAACUCAGCACGAGUUUUUCCUGCUGUUCUCUGUGAUGGAUGAAAAUGAAAGCUGGUAUCUGGAAGACAACAUAAAGAAGUUUGGCAGCAGUGAGUCAGAUCUGGAGAAUGAGGAUUUUCAAGAGAGCAAUAAGAUGCAUGCGGUGAAUGGCUACAUGUACGGAAAUCUUCGUGGUUUGGACUUGUGUCUUGGUGAACAUGUAGUGUGGCACACACUUGGCCUGGGGACAGAAGUGGAUAUCCACGGUGUUUAUUUCCAGGGCAACACGUUCGAACGGGAUGGGACAAACCGUGACACUCUCAAUCUCUUCCCACAUUCCUCAGUGACGGUUAACAUGAGACCCAACAAUAACGGGAUGUUUGAGCUAAGCUGUCUAACAACCGAUCACCACGCUGCGGGUAUGCGGCAACAUUACACAGUCAAGCCCUGCUCACCGAAGACCCCUGCACCUGAACAUUACAUAUCUGCUAUAAAGUACUACAUAGCAGCCGAGGAAGUGAUAUGGAAUUACGCUCCAAACCGUUCGUGGGAAUUAGAAAAGCACAAUACUCCACUUGAGGACAGCCCUGGAAAUAUUUACCUGAAGAGAUCACAUGAUCGGAUUGGUGCUGAAUAUAAAAAGGUGGUGUAUCGCGAAUAUACAGACAGCACAUUCACCAAAAGGACAAACAGAAGCGAGGAAGAGGAACAUUUAGGGAUAAUAGGACCCAUCCUUAGAGCUGAGGUUGGUGAAAAUAUUCAGGUUGUGUUUAAAAACAAAGCCAACAAGCCAUAUUCUAUUCAUGCCCAUGGAGUAAAGACCAGUAAAGCCAGUCAUGUUCAACCAGGAGAUGUAAUAACAUACAACUGGAGCGUUCCAGAACAAUCUGGGCCAGGUCUCAAGGAUCCAAACUGUAUCACAUAUGCGUACUACUCAUCUGUCAACUUUGUUAAGGACUUGAUGAGCGGUUUGGUCGGUCCACUGAUCGUGUGUCGUAAAAAAACCCUAAACACCAACAGACGAAGAACGGACGUUGAUAAGGAGUUUGCCCUCCUCUUCAUGGUGUUCGAUGAAAAUGAGUCUCACUACCUGGAUGAAAACAUACAAACUUAUCUUGAAACAGAGCCAGAGUCUUAUGACAAAUAUAAUGAGGGUUUCAUGGAGAGCAACAAAAUGCACAGUAUCAACGGAAAGCUUUAUGGGAAUUUGCACGGGCUAAACAUGAAAGAAGGAGACAAGAUUGAGUGGUAUUUGCUGGGAAUGGGAAAUGAAGUAGACAUGCACACCGUGCACUUCCAUGGACAGACCUUCAUUUACAAAAUGGAUCGUCCUCAUCGUGCUGACGUGUAUGAUCUGUUCCCGGGGACAUUUCAGACCAUAGAGAUGAUAACAGGCAACCCUGGGCAGUGGUUGCUGCACUGUCACGUGACGGACCACAUCCAUGCCGGCAUGGAGACGCUUUUCACAGUUCAUUCUAAAGAAGAGUCCAAUAAUAAAGAUGGUCGAGGAGCAAGUACAUCUAUCAGUCAUCACUUUACUCCUAUGUUGGUUUUUCUUGGAUUGCUCCUACUAAAUCUUGUCACAUAUUAGAAGAAAUGAAAUUCCGCCAAUCAGAACAAAUGUAUUCACUGAUGUGAUAUGUAUGAGAAUAAGAAUAAGAAUGAAACAUUUUUGUGUACAUUUUUUAAAAAAGAAAUGUGACUACAAAUAUAGUGACUUGAAGUACAAUACACUGUAUGUCUCUGCUACAAAUCCACAUUUUUCUUCUUUAAAAAGCUGUGAAUAUUGAAGCUUAUAAUUUUGUUACAUUUAGAUUUAAAUGAUCAAAGAAUGUACCAUGCAAUACCUGGCAUUACACUUAUUCAUAAACACAUUGUGUGUGUAUAUAUAUAUAUAUAUAUAUAUAUAUAUAUAUAUAUAUAUAUAUAUAUAUAUAUAUAUAUAUAUAUGUUUUAUAGCAACAAAACCUUUUGGCCUUUGAAUAUGUAAUAUAAUGCCAUUGGACUGAUUUAAUGCUGAGGUCACACUAGAAUUUCAGAAUGUGAAAAUUCAACUCAAAACCCUGCGUAUGAUUUCGAUCAAGGCAUUUGGUUUUUAUAAAAUCAUGGAUUUUGUUGCACUGUUGUUGUUACUUUUAUUAUUUUAAUGUUAAAUUGCCAAAUUGUCAUUUUUGUUUGGUGAGAUGUCUUUAAGUUUACCAGACUUGACCUUUGGAACGCAGAGAGAUGCACUUUUUUUCUUCCACGUGUGCUUGCGUUUCCCGUCUGCUACAUUUGCAUAUAUAUAAAUGGAAGUCAAUAGAUCAAAAGGUCUUGUCUGACCGUGGAAUAAAACAUCAUAUGUAAUGCUUUGAAACAAAAAUGUUAUUAACAAAUAAAAAUACCUUGACAAAC